AACGUGGCCGUUGGUGAGAAGGUUUCUGAUGUAUAUGUGGAAGAUUCCGAAGAUGAAGUAGAGGAAUUUUCACUUCCACUGGAGGAGUCAGAGUCAUUAUAUCCCUGUGGAGGUAUCGAUCGAGAUCGAAAAUUAUCUAGUAUAGUGCGGCGACAGAAGAUGGCAUCCCUUGAUGAGGCGACAAUUACAUUCUAUCAUAUGAAAAAGUGUCCUUACUCGGGACCCAUAAAAUUGCUUCUUGCUCACCUUAAUUUCAAAUAUACUGAUGUGCCGAUUCGUUAUAGCGAGUGGUUGUUGAUAAGGGAGGAACUCAUUGUCUCCCGUGUUCCCGCUCUUCGUAUUCAACACCACAAUGGGAAACUCGAGUGGAUGACGGAGGCCAAUGCGAUCAUGCGUUGCCUCGGGGAGCAGUAUAACCUACUCGGGCGCACUGAUAUGGACAAAUUCUACUGCGACAGAAUUAUUGGUAAAGUGAGUAAUCGAAAAAUAUGA